AUGGGGCGCUUCGUGUUCCUGCUGUGCACGCGCGCCGGGGGGCUGGGCAUCAACCUCACGGCCGCAGACACCUGCAUCAUCUUCGACUCCGACUGGAACCCCCAGAACGACCUCCAGGCGCAGGCGCGGUGCCACCGCAUCGGGCAGUGCAAGGCGGUCAAGGUUUACCGGCUCAUCACGCGCAGCUCCUACGAGCGGGAGAUGUUCGACAAAGCCAGCCUCAAGCUGGGGCUGGACCGCGCCGUCCUGCAGAGCAUGAGCGGAAGGGAGGGAGCCGUGGCCGGGCCCAUGCAGCAGCUCUCCAAGAAGGAGAUCGAGGACCUGCUGCGGCGCGGCGCCUACGCCGCCAUCAUGGAGGAGGACGACGAAGGCUCCAAGUUCUGCGAGGAGGACAUCGACCAGAUCCUGCUGCGCCGCGCCACCACCAUCACCAUCGAGAGCCAGGGCCAGGGCUCCACCUUCGCCAAGGUGGGGCCCACAAGUGGGGGGUAG